UAUAUAUUUGUGUUGGUGGAUUUAAACAUUUAAAUAAAGAAUAAGAACUUUUAGUACAUGCACAAUAAUUAAUUAUAAAUAUCGAGUUCAUUUAAUGAAAAAAUGGCGAAACAAAUCCCUGACAGAUGGAUACAAUACAAAGCCCUUGGUAAAGUCAUUGAUGGAACAAGGAUUAUAUGCUUUAAAGUACCAUUACAUACGAGAGUGCAGAAAAGCAAUGGGUUUCCUGUAUGGGAUAUAAAAACUCUUUUAAAAGCUAUCCCAAAGUUGGGAGCAGUGAUAGACCUGACUAAUACGGCGAAAUACUACGACCCAGCGGAGCUGAUAUCCAAAGGUGUACUGUAUAAGAAAAUUUUAAUACCAGGUCGCCAGCUACCGUCGCAGCACAUUGUUAAUAUGUUUAUGGAUACUGUGGACGAAUUUCUAAAAAUAAAUGGUGAUUGGUUGAUUGGUGUUCAUUGCACUCACGGUUUGAACAGAACGGGCUAUAUGGUCUGCCGUUAUUUGCGGGACCGUGUUGGGAUUCCCGCUAAAGAUGCAAUAAAAAGCUUUGAAAUUGCGAGAGGCUAUCAAAUAGAAAGAGCUAAUUUUAUUGCUGAUCUACUAGGUAAGACUCCAAUUCCACCAGAUCUAGGGAAGGAAACAGUGGUAAAGCCGGUAGAAAAUGUAUAUCAAAUUAAACAGUCUGUGUCCGAUAAGUAAAAAAGUAAAUACAGAACCAAAAGGACACGUACGUGAUAAUACACACAGCUGGUGCGUGCCGAGCCCAAAGACAAAGAGAAGAGAACGCAGUAUUUCCAAAUCAAGUACAUCAUCCUAUGAGUUUGAUUAUAAAUAUGAUUAUUGAUAAUCAAAUAUAAGAACUAUAAUAUAUACAUAGAUAUUCCGACUUCAUUAAAAAUGGAUUACUUUAAGUUUGAAAUGAAGUGUCUCCAAGGAAUACCAGAUAAUGUUGACUUUUCUGAAACUUUAGAGUAUAU